CCACAGACGGUGUGAGUCUCUGGUUUCGAGGUGCUGUGAGAGUGUGUGGAGCUCAGCAUGGACUAACUUAUACACACAACGUUUAAAGUCAGGAGGAUUGUUUUAUCACAAGAACUGGUCUCUGAAGCUACAGAGUAACCUCGGUGUAAAAUACCCAGAGGGUCCUCCAGUUUAUCUCACAGGUAACAUGGAGAAGGAUUUACCAUCAACAGCGACUUCUGUCAACAGCCCGGGGUCAAGCCCUGUCCUGGAUGGGCCCUCUCCUCCCUCCCCCAGACAGAUUCCUCCGUCCAAGAUCUCCAAUGACCCCCCUGCGGCCCCUUCUCUCCCCCCAAAAUCUUCAACCCCAACCAAGUCGACAGCAGAACCCAGACAAUUAUCUUCCUCCUCUCACCCUUCUGCACACAUCAGCUCUAAACCUAUGGAGUCUCCUCCUGUAGACUCAAAGCCUCCAGCUCCCCUGAAAUCUGCCCCUCCUGCUAAAAGCAAAACCCCGCUGGUUACUUCAUCUGCUCUUCCCCCACAAAUCCCCAAAGUUUCAGCAUUUUCUAAGCUCACAUCUGCAUCUUACACACAAACUAGUUUUGACAACACUCCAGCAGAUGCCCCUCCGACUUCCUCCAAUAUGGCUUCCACUGCAGCUCCCGCAGAGCCUUCCACCGCCCCUGUAAAGCGCACCUUUGCCACCAUGGCCAAGCGGGUGAUAAUCCAGGAAAGACUGAGGAAGGCCGAAGAGGAGGCCAAUGAUGAAGAGGAAGAUGAAGAACCAGAGGAAGAUUUGUCUUUGGAGCAGAUGGAAGUGAAGGCCAACGGCGGCGAUGCCAGAGCUCAGACCCGUCUUGGUCAGCACUACUUGCUUCUUGCAGAAGAGAAGGACGCAGAGCAAAACAAUCAGCUGGCUGUUAAUUGGCUUCUUAAAGCAGCUAAGCAGGGAAGAAAAAGUGCAGCAAGAGCCCUGCAGCGCUGCUGGAUCCAGAGGAAAGGAAUGACUCCAGAGAAUGAGGAAGAUGUUCGUAAAUUGGCGACAGAGAGUAAGUUUGAGCUGGCAGUACGUAAAGCAGCCAUGAUGAUGUACUGGAAACUCAACCCAGAUAGGAAGAAGAAGGUGGCUGUGGCUGAGAUGCUUGAAAAUGUCAGCCAGGUCAACGCAGGUGGCACUGCAAGCAGGAUUCCUGCCCCAACCUCGGGCCAGACACAGAAGGUAUUGGAAAGCAUGGUCAGCAAGGAGUCCACACAGUUGGUGGACCUGGAUGACUUUGUUGAGAUAACUAAAAAGUAUGCACAAGGCAUCGUCCCGUCUGCGCCCCAAAAGGCUACAACCAAGACUAAAAUCCUUAAACCUCAGGACAGCACUGAAGAGCAGAGGGCUGAGCUGGUACCGUCAGGACACAAGAAAUCCCACAGAAAUUCUUGGAGUUUUGGAAGAAGUGGGAUGAUGAUGCACUCUCAGCAGAACGGGGCCAUAAAAAAGGCCAUGGACAUGAAAUCCCGCCUAAUGAUGCUGCAGUACCCACUGCAUUCCAUCGUUGAAAUGAAAGAGCACCUGGUGGACUGGGCGUCACGAGCCGGCGUCCAGUGGCUGAGCACGGCCAUCCCCACCCAGCACGUCAAUGCACUCAUCUUCUUCUUCAUCAUCAGCAACCUGACUGUCGACCUGUUUGCCUUUGUCAUCCCUUUGCUUGUCUUCUACCUCUCCUUCAUCUCCAUGAUCAUCUGCACUCUGAGGGUCUUCCAGAGCAGCAAGACUUGGGAAAAUUUCAGUGCCCUGACAUCUCUGCUGACGCGCUUUCAACCCGGCCUGGAUGUGGAGCAGGCAGAGACCGACUUUGGCUGGAACAACCUUGAGCCAUACCUCUAUUUUAUCCUCUCGGUUUUCUUCAUCAUAUUCUCCUUCCCUGUAGCUGACAAGGGCUGGAUCCCCUGUUCUGAGCUUUCUACUGUGGCCAUCUUCUUUACCGCUGUCAGCUACAACAGCCUCAGUCCCACUGCUGCGAUGUAUGCACGCAGAGCGAUGGUCAUAGAGGUUGCUUCCUCCCUGUGUUGCCUGACUCAGUUUCUGCCUGAAAAAAUGGCAAUUCGCCUCCUUGGCCACACCUUUGCCACACUGCCACUAGGGGAGUCGGUGGUGCUGAAGAUCAGUCUCCCAUGCCUGCUGUAUGUUUACCUGUUCUACCUGUUCUUCAGCAUGGCCAGGAUGCGUGGCUUCAGGGGGACUUACUGCUUCCUGGUUCCUUACCUUGUGUGCUUCAUGUGGUGUGAGUUCUCAGUGGUUCUGCUCCAGAACUCUUCCGCUGUGGGUCUAAUCCGCACCUGUGUCGCCUACUUCCUCUUCCUGUUUGCCCUGCCUGUUCUCGCGUUUGGCCUUGCAGCCAUGCUCUUCAUCCAGAUCUGCAAGUGGUUCCUCGAGCUGGAGCUGACGAAGGUGAUCGUGACUCUGGUGGUUUGUGCGAUUCCUGUAACUCUGCGUCUGUGGACACGUUUCAGCAUGUCUAUUCUGGAUGUUUUCCGCUCACUGACCCACCGUGGCCCUGUCAAACUCAUCUUACUGGGCAUCUCCAUGGUGAUCCUGUUGUUUGCAAUCUAUGUGUACCAUGCAGAGGGACAGAAGGUGUAUAAUUCAACAAUGACUUGGAGUCAGUACAGCCAGGUGUGUGGGCCUCCUGCCUGGGAAACUAAAGGCAUGGCCCAGACGCAGCUCUUCUGUAGCCACCUGCAAGGGCACAGAGUCACCUGGACCGGCCGUUUCAGGCACGUCCGUGUAGCCGACACGGAGAAUGGGGCACAGUCCGUCAUUAGCAUGUUGCCAGUGUUCAUGGGGGACUGGCUUCGCUGCCUGUAUGGAGAGAGGUAUCCAAAAUGUGAGCCAAAGAACGCUACAGUCGCUAACCUCACUGCCUCGGAAUUGGCAGCCGGCUCUGCCUCGGCUACUGUGUCACUGCCCAUGCUGCUCCGGAUGCAAGAAGAAGAAGAGUUGUGCGAGCUCAAGGCUCUUGCAAAACACACUUGCCACAUCAAGCGCUUUGACAGCCAUCGCUUCGAGGUCGCAGUAGGGAUGAUUCGAGAUGGAAGCAUGGAUGACCCAGCCAGGGAUAUUAUCCUAAUGGCCAGCCAUGAAUUCAGACAAGUUCUGCUAAACCUAAGUCCUGGGAGCAUGGUGGAAUUCAGCACCAAGCUGGAUGGCCGACUAGGUGCCAGAGCUCCGGCCUUCGAGUUGAAGGCGAUCCACUGCAUGGACUGUGCUACUUCACUGCUGACCGGGUCCCGGCAGGUGAAGAUCGAGAGAGACUGGAGACGCACCACAAUGAGAGCUCUGAAGUUUGCCUUUGAUUUUUUCUUUUACCCCUUUCUGUCCGCAAAGAUCUCUGACUGAGAAGAAAGAAAGUAGUGAAGCCGAAGUAAUUCCUCACCCAAAGGUCUUCAGGAGGCCCUGCUGACGUAUUCUUUUGAUGUGGUUAUGUUACUAAUGUAACUUACAGUUUGGUUUACAUUUUGAUCCAACAUGGAUCUUGUUAGUGCAUGAGUUUACUUGUUUACUUGUUUUUUGUUUGUUUUUUUACUUUUUUAGUGAAUGUACCUUUAAAGCAGUUCAGGAAUUGUCAGAUACUUUGGCGUGAGAAACAUUGCCAAAUGUAAUAAUAUUUACAAAAUGCCAAGAAAAUUGACAAAAAUGAUAUACCUUCAUUUGUCUUCAGGGUCAUCUUUUAUUUUAUUUAUUUGGAAAAGACCAUUAUUGUUUUAAAGAAAAAGAAAAAACUGUAAUUUAGUGCCUUUCAUAAUUGGGGAAGCUAAUGUAUGUAGCUGACCGACAGAUUUAGUACUCUUAUUAAAAAUCUAAACAUUAUCUGAGUGAAAUGAUCUUUGAUAGGCCAAUGUCGAUGCUAUUUUUGUAUUAAGGUUUUUUUUUAUUGUGUGUGGAAAAUGUUUGCAUGUACAGUAUGUGUUAGGCUUUGUAUGUGUACAUUAUUUGGUACGCUUUUAUCAUGAUCAAUUAUUUCUUGCUCAGUGGUCUUACAACAUAUCAGUUACAUUUUUAGAAGUGCACUAAGCGGCUUGUUAUUGGGUAUGAAACAUACUCAAUAAUGCUGGUUCUUAUUUAUGAACUACACAUCCAUACUAAAACAUUAGCAAAAAAGAAAAUAAUUGCAUUAUUUUGAAUGCAUCUAAUUUUUGUGUCAGAUUCUACAUCCUGCCAACAGACAGAGCCUUAUUUAGGGUUUUCCUUGGCAAAGCUUUGCAAUGAGUUGUUCUUAAGACAGUUACUGCUGGGGCUCUUUUGUUAGAGGAUACUCCACAAGUAUAUACAGGGCAGAUCAGCAAAGAGGUAAGAUUUACCACUUUGUCCAAAGAGACCCCGAAAUAAAUAAUAAAGUUGUUGCUCAAAUAAAUGAUUGGAUUUUUCUCUGCCUUGAUCUUUUACGUUGAAUAGCAAACAUAUUGUGUGUUUCAUGUU